GUAGUUGAGUAGUAGAAUGGAUGAGCUAUAAGCUCAGCCAUUGUACACAUUCACAUUACAAUUGUCAAUCAUCUCUUCUAAUCUGAUUUUGUGUAUCAAAUUGAGGUUUUCUACACCGAGUUUUUUUUUUUUGGGUGCAAAAAAAAAGACAAAGUUGAUUGGAAAGUAUCACUGAUCUAAAAUGACUCGGAAGAAGAUUACAUGGAAGUCUAUCAUGUUAAGUUGUUGCACAACACCAGAAGCUCAAAAACAAGUUUUGAAGCAAAAUUCUUUUCAGAGGCUAUCCCUCUCGGACAUCAGCGAUCCCAGGUCUCGACUCUCUGUUGAUGAUCUAUCAAAUUCCCUUAUUGGCUGGACACUUCACGUAUUUUCUUUGGCUGAGCUAGAGGUCAUAACAAAUGAUUUCUCAUGGAAUAAUCUACUUGGUGAAGGAGGGUUUGGGCCAGUGUACAAGGGAUUUGUUGAUGACAAACUUAAGCCUGGUUUGGAGGCUCAGCCUGUAGCCGUGAAGGUUUUGGACUUGGAAGGUUUGCAAGGCCAUAGGGAGUGGCUGGCAGAAAUAGUCUUUCUUGGGCAGCUAAGGCAUCCAAAUCUAGUUAAGUUGAUUGGAUAUUGUAGUGAGGAAGAGCACAGGCUUCUAGUCUAUGAAUACAUGGCAAGAGGCAGCUUAGCCGAUCAACUAUUUCAAAGAUACUCUGCUGCCUUGCCAUGGUCAGUUAGGAUGAAGAUUGCAUUGGGAGCAGCUAAGGGUCUAGCUUUCCUCCAUGAAAUGGAUCAACCAGUUAUAUACCGGGAUUUUAAAACUUCCAACAUUUUAUUGGACUCGAAUUAUACAGCUAAACUCUCAGACUUUGGACUAGCAAAGGAUGGUCCAGAAGGAGAUGACACACAUGUAACAACAAGCAUAAUGGGCACGCGGGGCUAUGCUGCCCCUGAGUACAUCAUGACAGGCCACUUAUCGACCAAGAGUGAUGUGUACGGCUUUGGAGUAGUUUUGCUAGAGCUGCUAACAGGAAAAGAGGCAAUGGAUAAGACCCUCUGCUGCCGACGGCUGAGCCUUGUGCAAUGGGCUAGGCCUCAGUUGAAGGACCUGAAAAAGCUUGACCAUGUCUUAGACCCAAGACUAGAAGGGCAGUUUUCUAUUAAAGGGGCUCAAGGGGCAGCUGCAUUGGCCUACAAAUGUUUGAGCAAUCAUCCAAAGCCUAGGCCCACUAUGAGUGAUGUGGUCAAGAUCUUGGAGACUCUUCAGGACUUUGACACUGUGUUCCUAGAAAACCUUGUGUAUGUAGCACCAGGUGAAAAUCUUAGUGGAGAUGAUUUUGGGAAGGAGUUUAAAAUAGAAACUGAGAGAAAAGUUGAUGACAAUGAAGAGAGUGGACAAUACCAACAUGGUCGGAAAUAUCACAUCAAAUUGUCUGUCUUUGGUAGCCUGUCCAAAUUCUACUCAAAGUAAGAAUGUUGGAAAUGGUUUAAACUAUGACAAGCACCAUUAGGAAGAAUAAUUGAUAGAUUAAAGAUACAUAUGGCAGUAAAUGUAAAUGGAUUUCCUCUAUAGUAAGUGUGAAUGAAAAGUUUUGAAUUAUCUGAUUA